UGUGUAUUUUUAUUCAUAAAAUCAUUUCACGAUGGAUUCCAUUUCGAAAUGAUUUGCCAGACGCUAUUAACCAACUAUCAGAGGAAGAUAAAAUAAGAUAUAAUACGCUAAUGCAAAGUUCAAAAACCGAAAAAAGGUAUUUCGUAAGAGUUAUGAUAGUUGGUAAGGAAUCAGCUGGUAAAACAUGCCUCUUGAGAAGAUUAUUAAAAGAAGACAUAACAGAUGUUUCCAGUACAGAUGGUGUUGAUAUUGUUGUUCGAAGAUGUAAAAUCAACAUAGAAGAUGGAACAUGGACAAUCGGCAAAGGAAUUAUUGAUGAUAAGAUGACCCGAAUUAAGAGAGCACUUUUUCCAAAUGCAGAGGACAGAGACACUCUAAGUAUGCAGGAAGAUGAGACAAAUAAUAUGAAUAUACGACAGGGUGAUGCGAAAUCUACUAAUGACAAAAAUAUUACAACCGACACAAAGUUAAGGCAGGAAGAAAAAGAGGAAACAAUUGGGUCCUCAUCAUUAGCUAUGCCCGAGGAGUCCACAAACAAGGCAUUAGUUAAUCUGGAUAACGAAGAAAUUACGAAUGAAUCGUUAUCACUGGUAACGCCUGAGGACUUUACUUCCGACAACAAUGUUAAUCUGGAUAACACUAAAAAAAAGAAUGAGUCGUCAUCAUUGGUAAUGCCUAAAGAUGUGAUGUCUCAUGUGUUUUCUAAGUCAACUGUAAAUGCUCCUUUAAACCUUUAUGCAUUAUGUGAAUUAUGGGACUUUGCAGGACAAAAAGAAUUUUAUGCUACACAUCAAGCAUUUUUGACAAGUAGUGCAGUAUACCUUGUAGUUGCAGAUAUGAAGGACGACAUAAGUAAACAAGGCUUAGGGCAGUGCUUUGCUGAUUUUCAGAACAUUGGAGAGUAUGUUGAUUUUUGGUUCGAUUCUAUUCAUUGUCAUCGAACAGCCGAUAAACGGGCUAGAAAUGUGCACUUCGAUCCUCCAAUACUAUUAGUUUUCACUGGAAAGGAUAAAUAUAACAAAGAGGCAGAUUUGAAGAAGAGAAAAAAGGAACUUAAUGAUCAACUAGACCAAGUUUUGGGAUAUCAAAGCAAAUAUCAUCACUUGCACAAAAAAUGGUAUCUGUCAAAUUUGACAGAUACUGACGAAGAAUUUGUAAAGUUGCAACAUGCAAUAUUUGAGAGUGCAAGGAAAAUGGAUAAUUGGGGUAAUGAUUUUCCCUUAAAAUGGAUUCUUUUAGAACAUCUGAUUGAAAUCAAUAAAGACGAUGGAAAAAAUAUCAUUAAUUUAAAUGACAUGUUCAAACUUGCUAAACAUCACGAUAUUAAUAUACUGGAAAAAGAUGAACUGUUGUUGUUUCUUCGACUUCAGCAUAUUUUAGGAAACAUUAUUUUCUUUGAAAAUAUACCGGAUUUGAUCAUUUUAAAACCUCAGUGGCUAGCAGAUGCAUUCCGAUGUUUAGUCUCAGACAGAAUUGAUGACAGCAGCUUGCAUCACCUUGAAGACUGGACACUGUUUACACGACAAGGCAAAAUCAGUGAAUCGUUAAUAACAGAACUUUUCGAAUCAAAAGAUGGAAGUCAGUUUUCAGGACAAAAAAAACAAUUUACAUAAAGUUAUGGAAAAACUUGACAUAUUAGU